GCUAGGGCAUUAAAGUCGAAUCCACGGCUGAUGAUAAAAACAAUACAACAAACCCACAACCGUCAGAUCAUUUAAUCCAACGGCUCAUAGAAAACCCUAACCUAAACCUUCGUCUCCAUCGAUUAUAAAGUCUCUUUGCAGUCUCCAUUAUUUCUUAACAUUUUUUCUCAUCCUCUAAUCGCCGAUCAUUCCCCAAGAUAACUUACAAUGGGUAAAGAAAAGAUUCACAUCAGCAUUGUCGUCAUUGGACAUGUUGACUCCGGAAAGUCAACCACAACUGGUCACCUCAUCUACAAGUUGGGUGGUAUCGACAAGCGUGUGAUCGAGAGGUUCGAGAAAGAAGCUGCUGAGAUGAACAAGAGGUCCUUCAAGUACGCAUGGGUUCUCGACAAACUAAAGGCCGAACGUGAACGUGGUAUCACCAUUGAUAUUGCUCUGUGGAAGUUUGAGACCACCAAGUACUACUGCACUGUUAUCGAUGCUCCCGGACAUCGUGAUUUCAUUAAGAACAUGAUUACUGGUACUUCUCAGGCUGAUUGUGCUGUUCUCAUUAUCGAUUCCACUACUGGUGGUUUUGAAGCUGGUAUUUCUAAGGAUGGUCAGACCCGUGAACACGCUCUGCUCGCGUUUACUCUUGGUGUGAAGCAAAUGAUCUGCUGUUGUAACAAGAUGGAUGCAACCACUCCCAAGUACUCAAAGGCUCGAUACGAUGAAAUCGUGAAGGAAGUGUCAUCUUACUUGAAGAAGGUCGGUUACAACCCCGACAAAAUUCCCUUCGUCCCGAUUUCCGGAUUCGAGGGUGACAACAUGAUCGAGAGGUCAACCAACCUCGACUGGUACAAGGGACCCACCCUUCUCGAAGCUCUUGACCAGAUCAACGAGCCGAAGAGACCCUCCGACAAGCCACUCCGUCUCCCACUUCAGGACGUGUACAAGAUUGGUGGUAUUGGAACUGUGCCAGUGGGACGUGUUGAAACCGGUGUGAUCAAGCCUGGUAUGGUUGUUACCUUCGGACCAUCUGGGUUGACCACUGAAGUUAAGUCGGUUGAGAUGCACCACGAAGCUCUACAAGAAGCUCUCCCCGGUGACAACGUUGGGUUCAACGUCAAGAACGUUGCGGUUAAGGAUCUGAAACGUGGUUACGUUGCGUCGAACUCUAAGGAUGACCCUGCUAAGGGCGCAGCCAGUUUCACCUCACAAGUCAUCAUCAUGAACCACCCUGGUCAGAUCGGAAACGGUUAUGCGCCGGUUCUUGAUUGCCACACAUCUCACAUCGCUGUCAAGUUUUCCGAGCUUUUGACCAAGAUUGACAGACGGUCCGGUAAAGAGCUCGAGAAGGAACCCAAGUUUUUGAAGAACGGAGAUGCGGGUAUGGUUAAGAUGCUUCCAACCAAGCCCAUGGUGGUUGAGACCUUCGCUGAAUACCCACCACUCGGUCGGUUUGCUGUUCGUGACAUGCGUCAGACGGUUGCGGUCGGUGUGAUCAAGAGCGUUGACAAGAAGGACCCGACUGGAGCUAAGGUGACCAAGGCUGCAGCGAAGAAGGGAGCUAAAUGACGGGUUUCGAGUGGUUUUAUCGUUAAUGAAGUUUGUAUGGUAUUUUGGAACUAUUUUUAUUUUUGGUUAAGAAUUUUUGGUGAAUGGUGUUUUUGGUGCUUGCAUUUCUGUACUCUAGCCUCACUUGUGAGGAUGGGUGGAGGUAUUGAGCAACUUAGUUGCUUGAUGACGGAGGUGCAGGUUAACCAGGGGCCAGCUUUUGUUGGUUGAUUAUUAUGUUGAACCGCUAUGCUUUUACUAGACAUCUUUUAUCGUUUCGG